AUGCCCCAGCACCCAGGUCUGGGAGCUGCUCCUGCCAGUGAGGAGAGGGCAGUGGGGCUGGUGAAGAUGGAGCAUUCCUCACAGCUUGUGGCAGGCUUUGACAAGGCGAUGAGCACCAUUUGUUUAAUUUAUAAUGAAGGGGGCGAGGGGGUCCAAGCCAUGAGUGAUUCAGCUCUGCUGCCUCUCCUGGGUGGGUCAGCAGGGCCGUCCUUGCCCUAUGGCUCUGGGGGAGAUUCGUCUUCCAACUACAUCAGGCAACUUGAAACAAAAGUGAAACUGCUGGAGGAUGACAACAAGCUUCUUUCCCAGCAGUCCAGCACGGGGGACCUGAGGACUCUGAGGAAAGGGUUGUCUCCGUACCACUCUGAGUCACAGCUCUCAUCACUGCCGCAGUACCAAGAUGCCCUGCAAAACGGACCAGCUCGCAUGACAUCUGAUCUUGCAUCUUCUCCUGCAGCAGGAUAUGUCCCUGUUGGUCAGAAGCCAGAGGCUGUUGUGCACGCUAUGAAGGUCCUUGAGGUCCAUGAAAAUUUGGACAGGCAAAUGCAAGACAACUAUGAGGAAGACCUGAGUGAAAAGGAGAAAGCGAUCGUUCGUGAAAUGUGCAAUGUUGUCUGGAGAAAGCUGGGUGAUGCCGCGAGCUCCAAACCCUCCAUCAGGCAACAUCUGUCAGGAAACCAGUUCAAGGGCCCCUUGUAG